GUUGUGACAAACAAAAUACAUUUUUACUUUCAUUUCAAAAGAGCAAGAGCUUUUUCCUUUGUUUUAGAUGGGCUGUUGAAAUUCAGCUUUUCCUAUUUAGACGAACUAACCCCGAGAAAAGACGUUAUUUCGCUAUCACUUCAUCAAACUCGUGCGCUUCACAGCAUUAACGACGUUUUGGGGACUAUUUUUAUUCCGGUUUCGACAUUUAUUCGUUUGAGAAUUUUGACUUAUUGCUUUUUCUUUCUUGUUUACAGCUCUAUUAUUCCUAUAAGCGAAUAUGGAACGCUCGUUUCUUUUCCUGUUUUUAUGUCUUUCCUGUGGUGCUUUAGAUGCAGAGGCAAAUGAAAUGAAAACCGUUUCAGUGAUGGAGGGAGAUUUCAACACACACAGUCUCACAACUCCUAAAAUUGUCAGAAAAUAUCAACCAUGUUCUCCAGAAAGAUCAGCAAGGUCCAAAUGUGUGUUGGAGUGUUCAGCGAGGAAUGCUCCGGAUGCGACUCUAACCUGGUAUAACGGAAGCAGUGUCUUCUCCAUCAUCAAAAUCUCUAACCUUAACAUUGACCCCUCUCUAUGUCUGGAGGUGGAAUAUCAGGAUAAAAACACCUAUAACUGUGUGCUCAGUAAUCUCAUCAGCAGCCGGACCAAACAUCUCAACAUCAAUGAACUCUGUCAGUCAUGUUCACCUACAACACACACACAGGUGUCAGUGAAGGAGGGAGAUUCUGUCACUCUGCACAGUAAUUUUACAAACAUACAGCUUAAGGAUCAAAUACUGUGGAUGUUUGGACCUCGUGAGUUUCUCAUUGCUGAAAUCCUUAAAACACAUGUCUACAUAUUUGGCUAUGAUGAUAAUGGGAGAUUAAUAGACAGACUUCAGCUCGACAGUCAAACUGGAGAUCUCACCAUCACAAACACCAGCAAAGAAAUCUCUGGAGUCUAUAAACUACAGAUCAACAAUGAAUCUUCCACCUGCUGGAGUUUCAAUGUCACUGUUUGUGAACCUCUGCCCAGUCCUCAUAUUUCCAAUCACUCUACUCAUUGUCCCUCGUCAGGCUCAGAAUGUGUGCUGGAAUGUUCAGUGGAGAAUGUGACUAACGUUAAUCUCUCCUGGUACGAAGGAAACAGUUUAUUGUCCAACAUCAUUGUAUCUGAUGUCAACUAUUUAUGUCUGAAUCUGGAUUAUAAGGAUAACGGCAACUACAGCUGUGUGGUCUCCAAUUCAUUCAUCAACGAGACUAAAAAUCUCAUCAUCAGUGAACUUUGUUCAGAACAGAACAAUAAUCACAUUGUGGAGAUAUGCCUGGGUGCUCUUGCUCUUGUUAUUGUUAUUGUCAGUGUAGGUGUGGGAUUCUGUUUACACAAACAUAGACAAACAAGUCAAAAAGAUGCUGGGUGUCAAACUGCGACCAGUCAAAAUUCCCCACCAGAGGCAUCCAAUAAUGCCACAGACAGCAACACUGGAAAUGAGCAACAACCUUUGAUUGACAGAUUACCCUUACAAUCCAUCCCUUUGUGUUGCACACAUUUACAAAGCACACAUCAGGAUUUAUAAAAAAAAAAAAAGAAGAAGAAGAAGAAGAAGAAGAAGAAAAUCAUUUUAAAUUCAUAAUCCUUUUACUUUUUUAUUUGUAAUAUUGUGCACAAAUUUAAAUUUUAAAAAAAAUAAUAAGUUAAGGAUUCAAAUAACAAGUAAACAAAUAAAUAUUGAUGAUGCCUGUGGCAAGCAGAUGAACUCAGAAUAUAAAAGAAUAUAAAUAUCAUCUGUUCACCUGUAUGGUGUAUGCUGAGAUUGAUCUUUUAAUAUCACUGUUUUAGUACAUUAAGAAAUUGCAUGUGUUUUUCACAUUUGGAAGAACAUCUUAGAACAUCCCGGUGUGAUUGUGUAGUGAUUGAAAUCCUGCAGCAGGUGCUGUAAAAUAUGUUGAUACAGGAACAUGUCUUACUUGGCAAAAUCACGGGCAACAAUAUUUAUGUUGGUUUAACUUAACAUUCUGUACUAUUCGGGAGUAAAAGGUGUAGUUACAUGAACUUAAAUGUAAAAAUUGAGUCACCGUUAUAAAAUGAUUUGCAGGGGCAUGGUUUAAGUAAAAAAAAAAAAAAGGUAUAAAACUUAA